AUGUUUACUUUUUCUUCCUUUAAAAAGUUAUUGUUAGGAGUAACAGUUGCAAAUGGAGGUGUGAUUUUUGGCUGUUUUUAUAUAUAUAAAAAGAAUAGACCUCUAAAUGAUAUAGUAGAUAAUCCAACAGAAAACUUUCGAAUUAAAAUAUUUGAUGCAUUAGCAAAAAACUAUGAUGAGAAAAAUGAUUUUAUAGAAAAAAUUACAUCUAUAAAUAAAUACAAAAAAAAAAAUUUUCGAAAGGCACGAGGAGUAGUAUUAGAAAUAGGAGCAGGUUCAGGUAGAAAUUUUUCUUUUUUAAAUAAAAUAGAUGCAUUAGUAUGUGUUGAAAAAAGUGAGAAUAUGUGUGAGGAAUUAAAAAAAAAAGUGGAAAAAAUUAAGCCACCCUAUCCUGUUUAUAUUAUAAAUAAUGAUAUAAAAAAUAAUAUUUUUAAUCCGGAAGUUUUUGAUUCUAUUAUCUCCUCCUUUACAUUAUGUUCUUUAGAAUAUCUUGAUGAAAGUUUAAAAAAUGUUUAUCAAGCAAUGAAGAAUAAUGGAAAGUUUUAUUUGGUUGAAAGAGGAAUUAUAUAUAACAAGCUUAUUAGAUAUAUCCUAGAAAAAUUAAAUUUAUACCCAAAUCAAAAAAUACCAUGGGAAUAUGGCUAUUAUGAAAAUAGAAACCCUUUAGAUAUUUUAAAAAAAAAUAAUUUCAGCAUUGUUUUUAAACUUGUAAAAAAUGCAGGAAGUAUUUAUGUAUUAAUAGCAAAAAAAUACAUUUCGUCAGAUAUACAAAAUGAAAUAAACAAUAAUCAAGAAAUGAAGAAAUUAAAUUUUGAUAUACAAGAUAAAAUGAAUGAAAAGAAAGAAAUAGAAAAAACGAAACAAAAAAAUAUUCAUAUUAAUAGUAUUAUUUCUGAUCCACAAAAAAUUUCUAUAUAUUACUAUUAUAAGAAUAACUAA